CGCGGAGGAGCCGAGCAAGGAGCCUCCGGGAGCGCCCGCGUCGCCGCCGGGGGCCUGGCGCUAUCCUGAGCCGUGGGGCCCGGGACUCAGCCGUCGCCCGCGGAACAUGGCGCCCUGGACGCUGUGGCGCUGCUGCCAGCGCGUGGUGGGCUGGGUGCCGGUGCUCUUCAUCGCCUUCGUAGUGGCUUGGUCCUACUAUGCGUACGUCGUGGAGCUGUGCGUGUUUACAAUUUCUGGAAAUGAAGAAAAUGGAAAGACCGUUGUUUACCUUGUGGCUUUCCAUCUGUUCUUUGUUAUGUUUGUAUGGUCCUAUUGGAUGACAAUAUUCACAUCUCCCGCUACCCCUUCCAAAGAGUUCUACUUGUCCACUUCUGAAAAGGAACGUUACGAAAAGGAAUUUAGCCAAGAAAGACAACAAGAAAUUUUGAGAAGAGCAGCGAGAGAUUUACCUAUCUACACUACAACAGCUUCAAGAACUAUCAGAUAUUGUGAAAAAUGUCAGUUGAUUAAACCUGAUCGGACACAUCACUGCUCAGCAUGUGACACAUGUGUUCUUAAGAUGGAUCAUCACUGUCCUUGGGUGAAUAACUGUGUGGGAUUUUCUAAUUACAAAUUCUUCAUGCUGUUUUUAUUGUAUUCUCUGUUAUAUUGUCUUUUUGUUGCAACAACAGUUUUAGAGUACUUUAUAAAAUUUUGGACGCUUUGCCACAGGAAAUCUACAGAGAAUUGUCCAAAGAAUGAACUGACAGAUACACGUGCAAAAUUCCACGUACUUUUCCUUUUCUUCGUGUCUGCAAUGUUCUUCCUCAGUGUCCUCUCACUAUUCAGCUACCACUGCUGGCUAGUUGGAAAAAAUAGAACAACAAUAGAAUCAUUCCGUGCACCUACAUUUUCAUAUGGACCUGAUGGAAAUGGUUUCUCUCUUGGGUACAGUAAAAAUUGGAAACAAGUCUUUGGUGAUGAAAAGAAAUAUUGGCUACUUCCAGUAUUUUCAAGCUUGGGUGAUGGCUGCAGUUUCCCAGCUCGCCUGGUGGGGAUGGAUCCAGAACAGGCUUCCGCUGCAAACCAGAAUGACUGUGCUGGAAGUAUUGGCUCAAAUCCACCUUUUCCUAUCAGACCACUUAGUGAAUCAAAAAACCGCUUGUUGGACACUGAAUCUCAGUGGCUGGAGAAUGGAGUUGAAGAAGGUGCCAUAAGAUCAGGGACAAAUAACGAUGUUACAGUGGCAGUAGAAAAUUGAGUACUACUUGUUCAUAACUAAGCAUUCGAUAAGAGCAAGGUGUAUAAAAGCAUUGUGAACUAGUAUUUUCCAUUUUAUUUGAAAGAAAAUGAUCAAUGGAGUGAAAUCAAAUAUAACAGAAGUUCUAUUUUUUGAAAAAGGAAGCCUUUGGACAGUUCACUGGAUCCACAGAAGCACUGCAAAACAGAAUGAUGCCUUAAUUUUGAGCAUCCAUUUGUGCAUCGUUGACUCACAGCUCAAAAAUGACUUAAUUUUCCUUUGGAAAUAACACUUGCCUGUUAUGAGAUGCUGUAAUAGGAGCUAUCAUCCCAUGUUAACAUGGCAUAUGUAUUUUAUACCUGAGUUACAAUAUUAGAGUCAUUUCUUCAUAUCCAGGUAAAUUUUCACUCCAAAACACACCCUAAAAACUUAAGUGAAAUACAUCUGAGACAGUUGGUGUCUGAAAUGAAUAAUAUCCAAAUUAUGAUUGCCUGUAUUAUAAUAAGGGAAAGAAAAUGACUGCUUUUUAAAAAUUAGGUGUUGGCUAAUUUAUACUUUUAUACUUUUCAACAUUUUUAAUAAAGAUUUUUUAAUUCUAGUCUAUAAAAUAACAUACUCAGAAGGAUUUAGAUAUCUAAAUAUAAUCAUGUAGAAUUUAGAACAUGUUGGUAUAAUUCAUUGAAGGCUUUUUGUUAAGCAUAUACAACCAUGUAGUAUAUAUACUUUGUGCCCAAAGCUUAAAGGAGAUUUGGCGGUAUAAGAAAUAUUUGGGGUAUGCUCUGCUUUUUAAUUACUUUUUUGUUGAUCUUUGAGGUUAUGUGAAGGAGGCACAAAAUUACAUGUGCUAUAAAAGAUUGGACACCAUAGGAAUAGAUGGAAAAGGCUAGAAGAAAAACAGAAAAGGGCAGGAUAUUGUAAACUCGUUAAGAAAUAUUUUCAGUUCUAAAGGCAUUUAAAACAAAACACUGUUUGGUUGACUUUCGAUUUUUAAUUUAGUUAAUGGCUAAGAAUUAUUUUGAUACUUUUUACAGUAAUCUUGUAACAGCUUAAACAGUGACUUUUACAAAUGCUACCAGCAUUUGCAAUUUGAACUGGGAAGAAACUUUAGAAUAAUACAACUUUGAGGAAGAAUUCUAAGCCUCAGUAGUCAUUUAAAAUUCCCUGUUUCUGAGAAAUGGAUUCUAGUUUUAAAUGUCAAAUCUUAAAUCAGACUUCCUACCAGUAACCCUUUCUUACUAGACACACUUCUCUUCAAAACAUAAUGUAAAGAAGAGGUUGUUGUAUCCAGAGAAUAUAGAAUACUAUAAAAGAUAAACAGUAUAGAAGUGUUACUCCUCAUGUAUGCUGUUUAACUAAACACACUCCUCCACAUUGGUUCCAGUAGGUGCGUAGAGAGAAAUGUCACCAGCAUCUGUAGCAGAGAUUAUCAUUUCCUUACCUAUAAAAUGGGAUUGCAGGGCAGUGGGGGUCCUGAAUGAGUUGGACUGGAUGACUUCUAACAUUCUGUAAUGCCUACUAUUUGCAAAAUAACUUUGCUUUUCAUUCAUCUACCAAUAUAUUUGGCAUACUUUCUGUAUGUCAAACAAUAUACUAAAAAUAGCUCUAUAAUUUUCUAAUCUAGCAUAAAUCUUAUAGUUGCUAUUCCAAGUUUCCAGUAUGAAGGAUUUGUGUAAUUCAUAUUGACCGUACUAAUACUAAAUCUUAAGUAGCUUUUCUUGCUGCUGGGCAUGGUGGCGCACGCCUGUAAUCCCAGCAUUUGGGAGGCAGAAGCAGGAGGAUCACCACAAGUUUAAGGCCAGCCUGGGCUACAAAGUGAGUUCAGGGCCAGCCUAAACACAAAUCUAGACCUUGUCUCAAAAAAAAAAAGAAGUAAUUUUUCUCUUUGGACCAAAGGAAUGAGUUAGCUUUGAAAACGUAGUUUGAAGUACUGCUAAGAGUUUUUCUGCCUGUGUUUCAACUCUUUAGUUUUAACAAUCUUUAUUUUAGAAAACUAGCAUGAGAAUCAAGAUACCAAUUAGCAGCCAAAAGCCUAACUUCAAUUUGGGGCUUGAAUAUUACAAAGAAAUAGUAAAUAUUUAAAAAUACUUGACUCCUUUCAGAAAUGUUCUGGUCCUUUUGUGAGUACAUUUCAAUUCAAGGAUUUGCAUGCACUUGACUGACAACUGAGGAGGCAUUUUCCCUUUAACCCACUCAGGCACUUUUGUGAAUUAUAAUCUUUUUCAAUUCUUUUGUUAUUUAACAUCACCUUUAAUAGUAAAUACUGUAUCUUUUUAGAAAUGUCAGUUAAAGACACUUACUUUAGUUACCUUUGAUUUAAUUAAUUUACAGCCAACAUUUGGCCACAUGGUAAACACUUUGCUGAUUUACUCAUAGUAUCUGUGACCAUUCAUUAAGGGCCUACAAGUGAGAUCAGGGAAGAGGAUGCCUCUUUGGUAUUUCCACUGGUAUAAGUGAUCGCUGUCAACUGUUUUGGGGAGAAAAAGGUCAAAAGAAGCCUUGCUAAAACUUCUAAUUACUUUCAUCCUUCAAACACUUGAUUUGUGGUGAUACUUAAGGAAACUGCAUUGAAUUUCAGGUCUUGCUAUUGCCAUUAACAUAAUAAAUUACACAAGAGACUUGGUUCACCUGGUACAAAUUUACUUGAAUAUUCAGUACCUGAGACACCUGACAAUAUCGCUGUACCAAACCAAAGAGCAGCUGCCAUGUAUUGGUUAUUGAAAAUAAUCAUGUUUACAAAGUUCAGUUUCAUCUUCACAUAGGAUGAUUUUUUUAAAAAACUUUAUAUAUUUAGUGGUUAUGAUCCAAUGUGUCAUAAGUAUGUAAAACUGUAAGGUUAGUUUAAAUCAAAUAUGCAAUAUUUACUUGAAUUUUAUUUCUUUAGAGAGCAAAUUUGACUAUGUUUACAUGGAUGUUUAAAUUAAGCUAAUUGGACCUGUAAGAUACCCAUUCAGUUACCUUCAGAGCAAAUGCAUAGUAAGGGCUUGGGAUUAGGCAUAUGAAUAGACAGUAAUCUACAGAUACAUUUCAUUCACAUUUUGAUCCAUGCCUGCCACUGCUAUUAAUGGAGAGUAUUUUUAACUAACCUGUAAUUAAGAUAUAUUUUUGCAUUUCAGCCAAAAUAAAGAUCAUGUCUAAUAGUGUCUUGGAUACAGGUAACGUGUAAACCUGAAAUCCUUGUGUUUCAUAUGCUCUAAACUGUAUUUUUCAAUUUAAAUUAAAAAUGCAAUAUAGAUUCAGAAAGGUCCAUAUUUUUCUAAUGACUUCACUCUAUAUUUUGUGGGUUGAGUAAAGAAGCAAGGAAUUGUAUUUGUAUUAAAAAGAUUAAGAAAGCUGUUAAAUUUAUUAUAUUUGUACAUGAUUGCAGAUGAGUCCAUACUCAUUUAAGAGAAAAGAUGGACAGUAUUUUAAAAGUGAUUAGGGGGCAGAGUAUGGUCUUGCUGUGUAGUCCAAGCUGGCCUUGAACUUACUAUGUAGCCAGGCUAGCCUUGAACUUAUGCAGUCCUCUUGCCUCAGCCUCCUGAGUGCUGGGAUUACAGGUAUGUGCCAUUUAAAGUGAUCUUUAAUAUGCUUUUAUAUAAACAAGUUUGAAAUACAGUUUAUCUUGGUUGUCUUUACUUAUCAAUACCAUAAGCCUUGUAUUUAUUUCUCAUUUGUAUAAUCAUGACUUGGAUCAUGACUUAAUGUUGACUUUGCUUUGUCUUUUGGGUGGCUUAACCUAUAUUAAUGUGUAUGUAAAACAUUUUAAAGCUUUUUUUUCAAAAAUCAUAAUUACUUUAUUAAUAAAGUCUUGUUUUGAACUGU